AUGGUCAGCCUGCGCAAAGCUCAGGCUUUCCACCACGACACCGACGCUUAUGGCAACAGGCUCACUGCUGCCGAGCGUGAGAGGCUCUUGAAACCAUAUCUACCAGAGCGACCUCAACCGGCACAGUCUCCUCACUCGUCAAAGAAACAAGGCUUGCUCUUUCACCACAAGCAGCGAGUUCGCCCGGCAUUGCGUCACCUUCUCUAUACAUUAAUAUUCAAUAUCGUUCACAUUAUUUUCUCGGUCUACAUCAACCUGCGCAAGGUAUACAAUGCGAUUCACAACCAGGUGUUGUCGUUGAUAUACUACCAUCAUCACACACCUGAGCUCAUCCAGCGCGACGUGAAAAAGUUGGCAAAAGUCCCAAAGCACUUGAGUGUGAUCUUGGAACUACAAGCAGACGGAGACAAAAAGGAUGGCUUGGAAACACUCCUACACGACGCUUGCGAGCUGGCCGCAUGGACCGCGAGCGCCGGAAUCACAACACUUUCGAUCUACGAGCGGACUGGCAUAUUGAAGGCGACGCAACCACACCUUCAUCGUCGCAUCUCGCGUAGCCUAGCCACUUACUUUGGCGCCUCGGCAGCUUCGAAGCCGACCUUUUCCCUGCGCGCGCCUCAUGUGCCGUCAUACAGUCCGCCUCAUUCGCCAGGCCCACAGAUCGCAGAUGACGGCCAUGAUGACGAUCCAGAAGUGAGCAAUGUUGCCUCGCCGCACCAUUUGACCAUUCUCCUGAUCGACGAGACGGACGGCCGCCAGACCUUCGUCGAUUUGACCAAGACGCUCGCCGAGAUGAGCCAGCGCGGAAAGUUAUCACCUGCGGACAUCAGUGGGGACUUGAUUGACGCUGAGAUCAGCGAGAGCGUCAUGGGCGAGCCGGAUCUCCUGAUUCUGUUCGGCGGACGUGUGGUUUUGGAGGGAUACCCGCCGUGGCAGGUCCGGCUCACGGAGAUUUUCUAUGCCCAGGACCACGAGGGUGGUGUCGGGUAUCAAAUCUUCCUCCAGGCGCUGUACAAGUACGCCAAGGCAGAAUUCAGGAUCGGUAGAUAA